GGUCUGGGCACUCACAUCUCAUUAACCUACUCUUUCACUCACCUCUGACAUCUCGCCACGUUAUCUUCAAUUCUUUGUGCCCUGCCAGGCUCAGCAUGGUGUUUCCAGAUGUCCCCCCCGCAGGCUGGACCAGGGCAUUCGGCGAGAUUGUUCAGCAGCAGUUGGCUCCGGUUGUCACUCGAGUGGACUCUCUGGAGACAUCGAUGCACAGCGUGGAGCAGAGUGUCACGAACCUGGAGGCAAGGCAGGCGACCACCACGAGCUCGACCAAGCACGUGCCGGCGUACGUGGACAUCAAGGGCUUCUGCGAGUACGAGAAGCGGCACAAUGAGGGCGUCACUCGGGAGUUGGCAGCCGCUUUCUUCCAGCGCUUGAAGGCGACACCUCCCGCUGAUGCUCAGGAAAGCCUUGGGGUCCCCCGCCUUCCAGUCGAGCAGAAGACGCACUCCAUCCGCAUCCCCAUCCUGAAGCCAGAGUUCAUUCAGACCAUCAUGGACUGCUUCCGGCACGGGCCCACUCAGCAGGAGAACGUGUGGGCUAUCCAGGGCGGGGAGAGUCGUUCGUUACGAGCCGUGCUGGAGCCAGAACCUGCAGGUAAGAAGCUGUACUCUGCGUUUGGACGCCUGAAGAACUAUGCCCAGGCCCAGCUCCCCGCGCAGGCCCCCUACAUGGUUCGCGACUUCUUUCGCCAUCUACCUCGAGCCCUUGGACGUCCAGGCACCCGCCAUCCUUCUUGCGGGUAUGACGGAAUCCGGGACGGCCCAGUGGCACAUGGAGGGGUUGCAUCCUCGGGGUCGACACCAUUGCGAAAACUAAUUUGGGC